GUCUGUUUAGCUAAAGCUCCACCCUUUAAUUAUUCUCCUUUCUUCUAGAAAAAAGAAAUUAGAGAAUGAGAGAUCCAGUUGGACUUUUCUUCUUAAGCUUUGUUCCACAAGUCAAGGCGUAAUUGUUCCCAUUCCAUUUUCUCUUUUUUCUUUGUCUCUUCGCGUUUACUUUAUUUUCUUUCUUCUUACUCAGUUAUAUACAAGGAUCAAUUCAGCUUUCAGAUUAUAUUUGGAGUAGAAGAAGAAUCUGGUGGGUGAUUUCAGAUUUGUCUUUUUAGAAGCUUAUUGAAUCUGGGUUUUGUUGCUUGGACUGAACCAAGAAAAAAGGGUAUGUUCUUCUGCUUCUGAAUCUCAGCUCUAUUGGGGUUUUGAUAUUUUUGUUGCUUUUGCUUUUGGGUGGGGGGUUCAUUUCUUGUUCUAUUUGCUUAGAUCACUGUGAAUAGUUCGGGGAAGAUUGUUUUGAGCUUGGAAAAUUGAGGUUCUGGGUUUCGUCUUGAAGCCCUGAAUGAAUUUGACCAUGGCCCAUGGGUUAUUUAGUUUGUCGAAGUAGUUGGUGAUUGUGGUUAAAUUCUGUGAAAGAUUGACAUUGCAAAAACGUGGUAAUUCUUUGUUGAGGAGUGAUUUUUGGGAUUUUCAGUUUUUUCCCAAAAAUGGAUAACAUGAAGAAUAGGAAUAAUGAGCAUUUGGGUGUGAAUAAAAUGGGGAAGAAUAUAAGGAAGAGUCCUUUGCACCAACCGAAUUUUGCAAACAACAAUCCUGCUAGGCAACAACCCCAGCCUCAGGUUUACAACAUAAGCAAGAAUGACUUUAGAAACAUUGUUCAGCAGCUCACUGGUUCACCCUCUCAAGAACCGCUGCCUAGACCUCCCAAUAACCCGCCUAAACCCCAGAGUAUGCGGCUGCAGAGAAUUCGGCCUCCCCCUUUAACACCCAUCAAUAGGCCUCACAUACCCCCUCCCAUGCCACUCCCUGCAGCCCCUCCCCCUAUGAUGUACAAUAAUAACUUUGCUAGACCUGGUCAGUUUGGACAGCCAUCGCCCACGCCGAUGCCACCACUGACCCCUGGGGACUCAUUCUGGGGGAAUACAGCUGAGUCUCCUAUCACAGCUUACAUGCGUUACCUUCAAAAUUCAAUUAUGGAUCCUGGUUCAAGGGGAAACCAAGCUCAUCCUCAACAGCAACCACAAAUUCAUGGUCAUCCGCAGUCAUCUGCUUUACUUCCUAAUCCUCACAUGCCUGCUCUUCCUUCCCCUAGAAUGAAUGGUCCUAACCAACCUAUGCCUAAUCUCCCUCCCCCACAAAUGAAUGGUCCCCCACUUUUACCUUCCCCAACUUCUCAGUUCCUCUUGCCUUCCCCAACUGGUUACUUGAAUUUGUUGUCACCGCGUUCACCUUAUCCAUUGUUCUCACCUGGGAUUCAGUUUCCUCCACCUUUGACACCCAAUUUUGCAUUUUCACCGGGGAUUUUAGGACCGGGACCUCAGCCUCCACUUUCACCAGGCCUAUUUCCAUUAUCCCCUUCAGGGUUUUUUCCUGUCCCAAGUCCAAGAUGGAGGGACCACUAAUACUUGUCCUAGCAUCCUAUGCUUUGAGCUGGUUUUUCUUGAUCAGAGGUGCUUAUCAUCAUUAUGUGGAGUCAUCUACUUCUCGUAAGAGUUUCUCUUGAAAAUCUUGUCUUGAAAUAAUAGAUCUGUAACAGCUGCAAUCUUUGUUUUUUGGACAAGUUUUUACAUUAGGCAAUGUAGUGAAGACCAGACAACUCAACUGAACAAUUGGACAGAGCUGUAACAUGAAAGGAGGUAGGAUUACAGACAUCAAAAAUUUUAAUGUAGGUUGCCUAGUGCAAGGACUCAUGCUUUUGUAAUAUUUUGACUGUAAUAUUAUUCACUUUCAGUUUGAAGUUAAAUUCAUCUUCAGUUAACUGGCUUGUGGUUGAAA